GAUGAGCAGGCGGAGUGACAUCGGGAGAACCACACCCUUCUCGCGUUAUAAAUGCAGCUUGGAUGAGUGCGCACAGCCCCUUCCAAACUCAGAGGGACGCUGCAGAGAAGGGUGGGUCGGUCACUGCUGCAACAAUCAUGGCACCAGCUGGAGCAAAGAAGGGCAUUUUGGAGCGUCUGGAUGCUGGAGAGAUCGUCAUCGGGGACGGAGGCUUUGUCUUCGCCCUUGAGAAGCGGGGUUAUGUAAAGGCAGGACCGUGGACACCUGAGGCUGCCGCCGAGCACCCUGAAGCGGUGCGGCAGCUGCACCGGGAGUUCCUGAGGGCCGGCGCCAACGUCAUGCAGACGUUCACUUUCUACGCGAGCGAUGACAAACUGGAGAACAGAGGCAACACUCAGCGCUUCACUGGGGCGCAGAUAAACGAGGCAGCCUGUGACCUGGCCAGGGAGGUGGCCAAUGAGGGCGAUGCUCUGGUGGCAGGAGGAGUCUCUCAGACCCCCUCUUACCUCAGCUGCAAGAGCGAGGAUGACGUCAAGGCCGUCUUUAAGAAACAGAUUGACGUCUUUGUCAAGAAGGACGUGGACUUCUUGAUUGCAGAGUACUUUGAGCACGUGGAAGAGGCCGAGUGGGCGGUGCAGGUUCUGAAGACCACCGGGAAGCCUGUGGCUGCAACUCUGUGUAUCGGACCUGAAGGAGAUCUGAACGGCGUGAGCCCCGGAGACUGUGCUGUCAGACUCGUCAGAGCUGGAGCUCAGAUUGUGGGCAUUAACUGCCACUUUGACCCGGAGACCUGCGUGAAGACUGUGAAGAUGAUGAAGGAGGGAGUGGAGAAGGCCGGGCUGAAGGCUCACUACAUGAGCCAGCCGCUGGCUUACCACACUCCUGACUGCAACCGCCAGGGUUUCAUUGAUCUGCCCGAGUUCCCCUUCGGUCUGGAGCCCAGGAUCCUGACCAGAUGGGACAUGCAGAAAUACGCCCGGGAAGCGUACAACGCUGGCAUUCGUUACAUCGGAGGCUGCUGUGGGUUCGAACCCUAUCACACCCGUGCCCUUUCUGAGGAGCUGGCGUCCGAGAGGGGUUUCCUGCCCGCUGGCUCAGAGAAACAUGGCACCUGGGGCAGCGGUCUGGAGAUGCACACGAAGCCCUGGGUCCGAGCCAGGGCCCGUCGUGACUACUGGGAGAACCUGAAGCCCGCGUCUGGCCGUCCCUACUGCCCCUCGCUGUCAACGCCCGAUAGCUGGGGUGUCACCAAAGGCCACGCCGACCUGAUGCAGCAGAAGGAAGCCACCUCCCAGGAGCAGCUGCAGGCUCUCUUUGAAAAGGCCAACAAAGGCCUCUGAGUUUCCUCCAAAGGCUUCUGCACGUAAAGAGGAUGGCACACUGAAGUUUACAUACUGGAAAAAAAACAAAAAUGCUCAAGUUUUGUCUUUUUUGGACCAUUUUUACUCUUGUGUCUGAGGGGGGUAACUGAUAUGCUGACUGACAAAGAGUGACUGUUUAAGAUUCUAGCCUUGUGAGAUUACUGUGAGUACAAAAACACAAAAGAGCAGCUGUGAAUGCAAGUAAUGACACUCCAUAAGUGCCUAAUGUUGUCUAUAAAAACGGAUUUAAAGAUGGGAAGCAAUAAAUUUGCUUUAAGUGAUCAAAA